UCGACCCUCGCGGUGAAGUUUGUGCGUGCGUGUGUGUGUCUGUGUGUGAGAGAGGGUGGGCAGUGGCUGCAGAUCCCAGGCUAAAAAGGAGCUGAUCCUGCACGGUGAGGUCACUUAACUAUUGGUACAGCUGCAGGCGCUUGCAAUCACCGAAUCGGGCACGGGCAUACGUGGAGAAAGUAGCACUGCCCACCUACAGUCAAGAACCAUGAAGGAGUAUGCACGCACUGAGUAAGGAUCAAGCUAUCAAGUCUACCGCAUCAGGCUCUCCUGGAGGAAUCGACUUUUUUUUCGUGUGCGAAAGAGAAAAGAUGACCCAUUUUCUCCAGGUGAAUGACGCAAAUCUCAACAUGUCAAAAUAGGCAGUUUCAGAAACUUUUUGUGGCUGUGCACACAAGGCUUUUUUUCUUUUUCUUUUCUUUUUUUUCUUAAAAAAAAGCUGGGUUGAAUCAUUUGCGGAGUCUAUCUAUGCUGUCAACAUAAAUAGGCUCAACUAUCCCAACUAUCCUUAACAACUGAUUAUCGCGCCAAGAAAGAUGUUUUCUCAAAAGCUGUACAUUUGUGUCCUCGCGAUGGCCUGCUUGGUGAGGAUCCCGCGCGCCACAGCUGCGGCGUGCGAGCCUAUCCGCAUCCCGAUGUGCAAGUCCAUGCCGUGGAACAUGACCAAAAUGCCCAACCAUCUCCACCACAGCACCCAGGCAAACGCCGUCCUGGCCAUCGAGCAGUUCGAGGGCUUGCUGGGCACCGGGUGCAGCCAGGACCUACUCUUCUUCCUGUGCGCCAUGUACGCGCCCAUAUGCACGAUAGACUUCCAGCACGACCCGAUCAAGCCCUGCAAGUCGGUGUGCGAGAGAGCCAAGUGCGGCUGCGAGCCCGUCAUGAAGAGAUAUAACCACACCUGGCCGGAGAGUCUGGCGUGCGAGGAUUUACCAGUCUAUGACCGAGGAGUUUGCAUAUCUCCGGAGGCUAUCGUAAAAGCAGAAGGACCAGACAAUCCAUACCAAGACCCCUCCAAGUGCUCCCAUGAAUCAAAUCCUGACUUUCCAAUGGACUCUCACAAUGGUAACUGUAAGGGGGCCGGUGAUCGGUGCAAGUGCAAGACUGUCAGACUUGGUUUAAAAACCUAUCUGAAGAAUAAUUACAAUUAUGUUAUCCGUGCCAGAGUCAAAGAGAUCCGCACUCGGCACCAUGACCUGAGUGCCGUCGUGGAGGUCAAAGACAUCCUGAAGUCAUCGCUGGUGAACAUUCCCCGUGAUGUUGUGAACCUGCACUACAAUUCUGGGUGUCUGUGCCCUGAGCUUGUAGCCAAUGAGGAGUACAUCAUCAUGGGCUAUGAGAAUGAAGAACGCUCAAGGCUGCUGCUCAUAGAAGGUUCAAUUGCACAAAAGUGGAAGGACAAAAUGGGGCGGAAAGUAAAGCGUUGGGACCAGGUCCUCCGUGAGACGGCCAGAGGAAACUCGGGCAGGAGUAGCUCCAGACGAAACCGCCACUGAUCCAAGCAGGCCCUGAGCUGGAGAGACCCACAGGGGAGGAGAAGUGUUCCAUACAACUGAACAAAAACAAAUUGCACUAUUGUAUGUUCUUUUCAUUGUUGUCAUUUAUGAGUUGUACCCCUAAAAAAAAAAAAAAAGUAGGUUUAUUUUAGUUUGUCGCUUUUUUGUAUUAUAUUGUUUUAUAUUCUUUUUUUUUUUACGACUCAUUGCCUUUGCAAUUGUGAAUGGUUUAUGUAGCAGUGCUCUCCGCAUACUUGUGGAGUGACUCCGUGUGUGAGGUUUGCUGGAAAGGGGAGCUGUUUUGCGGAUCAAAAUGAAACGGAAUGAGCAGGCUUUUUUUUUUUUCUUUUUGAAAAAAAAACGAGAGGGACGGAUAUUUAUCUAGCACCGACACAAUGGGAUGGAAUCAGAUGCCUUUUUUUUCGAGAUGCCAAAGUACUUUGCGUGACGCUACGCAGCGCUCCGGCUGCAGCUUUUACACUUUGAAAGAGAGGGGGGACGAACACGUUUUUAAUGGCGCAGCAGCUGCGUCUCUCUCGCUCGCUCUCUCGGCCCCUCCAGAGGAUUGGAAAAGACUCUUCAAAGGCGGAGCGAGGCGGCGAAGGGUGGAACCAUCUUUUGGCAAGCCAUGGAGAAGUGUCAGGAUGAUCCAAGGCUGUGUAGGGAAUGCCAUCAAGAAAGGAAGAAAGGAAAGAGUGGGGGGCGGGUAAAAAAAAGUUGUUGGGGAGCUCAUUAAAAAAUUAUGUUCAUUUUAUUGGAGCAUUAUAAUGCAUACCAUGUCUGUAGUGCUGUUGUUAGAUGUCCCUGAUUUGAUUGAUUUUAUUUUUGUUUGUUUCUCUUUCAUGUGUUCAUUUUUUAAUUAACUGCUCUUUGAAUUUUAGUGUCUGUUUUUUUGUUUCAUUUAGUUUUUUUAUUUUGUUUGUUUUUAUUUCCACUAAAGAUGGUUCAGACAGCCAUCUUUUUGAGCAUCUGCAUUUUUCAAUGUGCCUGGACUUUGUCAGACUGGUCGUAUAAACUAUACACUACAUAUUACAGGAAAAGCAUCAACCAUUGCUGUUUGUUAACCAGUUUUCAUCCUCCAUUAAACACUUCUGGACCAUG